AACUGGUGAGACGUGAGCAGUCAGUUGGCCCGCAGCAGCUGACGAAGUUUGGAGGCGUCUUAUGAUGAGAUCGCAGUUCUACUACUCAUUCAACAACUACGACAGCUUUUUGACCCAGUUCAACACUUUCGGUUUUGGUAGCGGAUUAUUCAAUGGCUGAAGCAGAGCUCUCGACAAGUGAAGUCAACAUAUCGAUCGAUGACACAGACAUAUGUAAGGAAGGCGAGUGCGACUCCGAUGAAGUUAGCCUCCAAAGUUCUGACGGCGAUAAUGCUGGUCCGCGUGAAGGCAGCGACGGCGAAGACCGCAAGCGAAAGAAACGUCGACGCGGGCGGCACAAGGGAGGCAAACACCACCGCAAGUGGAAGCCGUACACAAAGUUAUCUUGGAGCGAAAGGAAGCAAGUUGAUGCGAGAGAGUCUAUUCGCGCGAACCAAAAACGUGAAGAAGCAUUCGCAUCCGGCCAUCCUGUAGCCCCAUAUAACACGACCCAGUUUUUGAUUGAAGACCACAUCAAAAGUGAGGUGUCACCAUAUUUAAAUCUUGAUAGUGAUUCACAGUGUGGCCCCGAACCCAAACCAAUGGAUGAAACAUACAUCGAGACAACAGAAACUAUAACUAAAGUUGAACCGCCAGUAGCCUUGACUACUUCCAAUCAUCACAGGAGCUCGGCGAUACUGAUAGUUCCAGACGACGAAGAAGAAAGAUUUCUGGAGAAGGAGUUCGCCAUUACCUACGACAGUUUACAUUUAGAAAGGCUUCGAGCAAUGAGUAAAGAAGAACUGGUUCAAGAGAACCUUGAACUGGAGAAGAAAGUGGAAAGAAUGGAGAGACAACUCGCAAUGCGUAGGAAAGUCGAUAAUGUCAAAGAAGGAGACAGAGAAAGCUCUGACGCUAAUUCUUUGGGCAGCAGCAGCGAAGAGUUCAUUGAUUUAGCCAAUGUGAAACGAAGUGAUGGUGUUGAAUCUGCUAGUGAUUAUUGCAAGUAAUAGUUGUAAUGUUCCGGACAGUGAUUCUGACCAGAACAUGGAAAAUGUGUGGAUUAUGUAGCAGACGAGUCGAAAAUCUUACAGGCUAUGACUCCGGCCAUUCAGCUCUCUUGUAAUAACAUUUCAUUUCAGAGAAACUAUUCAUUGAAACUGGUGGACGCAGAUGAUGCGAGUUCAGUGGACAAGUUUAGACUUGAUGUUCUUCAUUUUCAUCUCUUCAGUAUCACAAAAACUGUGACAACAACAGUCCCGUCCGCUCUUCGAGAUCACCGCGGUUCCUGCAGCGGAAGAGGCCCCCAAUAGUGGAAGUUAGCAGACGAUUAUUUUAGCCGUGGGAUUCUGCGCGCGAGUGUGCUGUGUCGCGGAGGGACAAACAUGGAUGGGCGAGUCUAUUCUGUGCGGCGAUGGGAUCAAGCUGUGUUCGCUUUGUGGUGUCAACAGAAACUUGGACGAUGUCGAAUCACUUUUUUCACUUACAGGGAUAGGGUUGCGACUUCUAGCAGCAGACGCUGCCCUCUUUGAGAAAUUGGUUUACAUUUGCUUAUACCAAGAUUCUAGUUACUUCGUGAAGUGUUACCCAUAGAAAAAGGUGGAAACGUCGCAAACGCUUCUGCCAUAAACCGAUUUAUGACCGUGUUGCAGGUAAAUGGAAACUUUCAAAAUAAUGUUUAAUGAUUUUAUUUAAACAGCUGUGGCAUAUUGACACAAAGCAAGCGAAUAUAUGCUGUUUUUAAGUCAAUGCAUGUAGUACUAGUACUGCUGUGUUGUAACGAAUGACGUACUACAAAUAGCAUUCGUUACUGUUACGUAAUGACAUGGAUUCAGGGAUCUGAAGACAAAUCCCAUCGGCCGUUUUCUUGAAACUUUUCAAAAGGGGACUUGUGUCUAAGCCAGUGUUUAAUGUUUAUAUGGGAAAAGAAUACAUUUACAGAAUUUAUUUUUAAAAUAUUGCACCGUUUACAUGAACAUUGCGUUAAAAAAUGCUUGUACCAUUAACAUACUGAUGACAUCGAAUGACUGUGUUUGUCAGUGUUUUAAAAUGAGAAGACAUGGCAAGCCGUGUGAUAAUUUUCAUUGUAAUGAGUGUGAGGAAAGUUAGAGCUGAGUAUAACUCCGGGUGUGAGAAAAUGAAUUUAUUUUUUGCUGUACGAGAGCACGUUUUCAUCUAUGGGCUGCUGCCACAAACCGAACUGAACCACACUUCAUGCCAUUAAUAAUUUUUUUUAAAAAUUGUUGCUUAAUUGAUUUUAAGACAAGUAUAAUGAAACUUUGCAGCAUUAGAAGUAAUUAGACGAAUAUACACAAGCAAAUUUGCUAUGAUAUCAUUUGGAAAAAAAAAUUGGUUUAAAUUCUUAUCCUGUGAGAUAUUUUAGAAAGUUUACCCAUAAGAUUGAACUGUGGGGCAAGUUGAUUUUGUGGCAGUAUGUGACAAAUUCAGAUAGGUUGAGAUUUGUCACACCUCCAUUUUGCAAGUUUUUUGUUGUUCAGUUUCAAGUUUAUUAAUCUGUUUGAAAAGGGAAAGAACUGUAUGAGCGAUUUGUGCAGCAAAUGGUGCUCUUAUUUAACACAUCAGCUAAAAGGAUAGGCAUUGGUAAAGUUGCAACUAUAUUCAUUACCACUUCUAAAUAGCGUAGAAUAACAUUUCAUCAAUCAUACUAAUUAGACCAUUAUCAAAACUUAAAGUAUGCUUGUUGCUAGGUCUCAAAGAAAAAAUACAAAAAAAUGUCAAAUUGAAAGUUAUCAAUAUGUUUUCAUAUUGACUUUAUAUUUUAUAUUUUAGCAAAUAUUUGUGAAAACAUUUUGCCUAAGUCUUUCCUUUUUCAAUGACUCUCCAGGCGAGACAAUCUUGCUCGCAUAUGGAGGAGUUGUAUGUUAUUAUAACAGUUUUUAUCUUGCAUUAAAAGUUAAUUACCAGAGUUGAUUUCUUGGCAUGUUCAUACUGAAUGCGUGUUUGCAUGUUUGGAAAUUAACUUUAUUUGCACAUGUCAAGCUGAUAGUGAAUUGUCAACUUGCAAAGCGAUUAUUUUCUGUGUUCUGGAUACCCAGAAUUUGUAAACGCCAACAGAAAAAAGUGCUUCAGCCUCAUUCUUGAGUGUUAUUCUAGAACUAUUGAUUAAAAUUUACAAAAUUUU